AUGAUCGCUCUCAUCAAGCACCACAUGGGCCUGGGCGACCAAGUUGACUACACCAUCGUCCGCCAGAACCAGUGGAUACGAGGCAACUUCAACGUGUGUAUACCCGUCGAAGUGCAGUCGUCAGACUCUUGCCAGAAGCUCAUGUUACGUUGCGCCAUGCCUCACAAGUUGGCAGAAGCUCAUAACCCGGGCAGUGUGGAUGAGAAGGUUGGUUGUGAAGUUGGAGCAUAUGCAUGGAUCCAAGAGAGAUGCCCCGACGUUCGCAUCCCGCAUCUGUACGGCUUUGGAUUUUCUGAUCAACGCCACUUCACUCACGAAAAGCAGCGCCCCCUGUACGUGCGCAUAUGGCAUGGUCUGCGGCGCUGGUUCCAUGCUCUCGUGAGACGUCCGGCUCUCCUCUCACGCUACACCAUGCAUGCAUCCAACUGCCACCUGCCCACAGCGUACAUGCUUCUCGAGCACGUGGGGUCGGAGAACAGCCAGAUGCUCUCCCUCACCUGGAACAAGUAUCGAGGAGACGCCGUCCGGAGGAAGAACCUGUUCCAAGGCAUAUCGCGACUCAUUAUAUCCCUGUCCCGGGUUCCGCAGCCAAGGAUCGGGUCUUUUCAGUUCCGCGACGAUGGUACCGUCACGCUGACGAACCGUCCCCUGGUCUGCUCCGUCAUGAUGCUCGAAAACGAAGGCACCCCAAUGACCAUGCCGCGGGAAACAACAUACGCAUCCACCGAGCCCUUCGUGGCGGACAUGCUCAGCUUCCACGAUAGGCGCUUCCUACGCCACCCAAACAUGGUUUACGACGAGGAGGACUGCCGAGCGGAGAUGGCUGCGAGGCUCCUGCUCCGAAUGCUCGCGCACCGCUAUAUCCGGCAUGAUCGACGAAACGGGCCCUUUGUCCUCCAGCUCGACGACUUUCAUGCCAGCAACGUCUUCGUCGACGCGGAGUGGAACAUAACCUCCCUCAUCGACCUGGAGUGGGUGUGUGCUCUUCCCGUCGAGAGGCUGGCCGUCCCGUACUGGCUGACAGGGUGUGCAAUCGACGGCAUACGAGGAGACCGCGGUGAGGAAUACAACCGCUCCCGGGAGGAGUUCAUGAACGUGUUCGAGGCGGAAGAGCGCAAUGUUACGGCGAACGUGCCGUUAUUAUCACGAACCAUGCGGGAGACUUGGGAGUCGGGGGCCGUAUGGUUCUGGCAGGGCAUGAUGUCUAUCAAUGCAAUGUCCACCUUGUUCACGGAUCACAUCUGCCCCAGAUUCUCAACCCGCCUCUCUUCCAGAGACGAGCAGUUGCUGUCCAGGUUCUGGUCUGAGGACGCCACCGAAGUGGUUGCGGGCAAAGUCGAGCAGUAUAAUCAGUAUUCAGCUGAACUGAGGAGCUUGUUUGGCAGGAGUACUGCUACAGGAUGA